AAACCUCAGGGUUACACAUCACGCCGUCCGUUCCAUCUCUCUCCCCAAACGCGGCGGCACCAGGCUGCUUCCACUCUUUCUAAACCCUCACUCCUGACAUUCCCCUCCCGGUCGGGGUCGGACAGCCGCACCACUCGCCGGCGACGCGUCGUCGGAGAUGGACGGGGGCCACGGGCAGAGGCAGCCGCUGUCGCCGGCGAUCUCGGCCACGGCGGUGCUGCCGCACCAGCGGCAGAUGCAGCUCCUCCAGCACCCGGCGCGCCCGGCAAUCGCCGAUCUCUUCACCCUGUACCUCGGCGUGAACUCGAAGCAGCGUGUCGAGGACCCGGCGAGGGAGACCUCGAACAAGCUGCAGAAGAGAGUGUCUGCUCAUACCAGAGAUCUGCCUCCCCGCGACGAGCAGUUCAUUUCAGAUUUUGAGGAGCUGUGCAUGCCGUUUCCAGACCAGGAGCAGUUACAGGCUGUCACGGAAUCAGUUCUCAUCUCAUUUGUUCUGCAAUGCAGUAGCCACGCUCCACAAUCUCAGUUCCUGCUCUUUGCUACGCAGUGCCUCUGCGCUCGUGGCCACCUUAGAUGGGACAGCCUCAUUCCAUCUCUACUUAGUGCAGUUUCCUCCGCCGAGGCACCAAUGGGCCAAGGCGGUUCUGUGAGUGUUGGUGGCCCUGUGUCUUCUUCAUCAGCUAUUGCAGUGCCAAAUGCUCCAAGCUUUCACGCUUCAAAUCCUACGUCUCCCUUGUCAGCAAUGAACACUAUAGGAUCUCCAACUCAAUCUGGUAUUGAUCAACCUGUAGGGGCAAAUGUGUCACCCAUGAAGGCAGCUGAAUUCUCUACUCUUGGGCAGCCUGGUACAACAUCAAGAGGUGAUCAGUCCCGCAGAGGAGCACAAGUUAGCUACCUGCAUCAUUUAUCCUGUAGGAUUAUUUUAGCUGGUCUGGAGUCCAAUUUGAAACCAGCUACUCAUGCUGUGAUAUUCCAUCAUAUGGUAAAUUGGCUAGUCAAUUGGGACCAGAGACCCCAUGGUGUGGAUGAAGCUGAUACAAUGCAAACUUCUAGGAUUGGAAGGCCCGUGCAUGAAUGGAUGCAUCUAUGCUUAGACGUGAUCUGGAUUUUAGUUGAUGAAGAGAAAUGUCGCAUUCCAUUCUAUGAGCUUGUUCGCAGCAACUUGCAGUUUCUGGAGAACAUUCCUGAUGAUGAUGCACUAAUUUGCAUUAUUAUGGAGAUCCAUAGGAGGAGGGACAUGGUGUGUAUGCACAUGCAAAUGUUGGAUCAACACCUUCACUGCCCAACAUUUGGAACUCAUCGGUUCUUGUCACAAUCCUACCCAAGCAUAGCUGGUGAAUCUGUUGCUAAUUUGCGUUAUUCUCCUAUUACUUAUCCUAGUGUUCUGGGAGAGCCACUGCAUGGAGAGGAUCUUGCAAACUCUAUUCCAAAGGGGGGUUUAGACUGGGAACGUGCUCUGCGUUGCUUGAGGCAUGCUCUCCGCACAACUCCAUCACCAGACUGGUGGAGACGUGUCCUUCUUGUUGCUCCUUGUUACAGAUCACAUUCUCAAACAUCAACACCAGGAGCUGUUUUCUCACCAGAUAUGAUUGGUGAGGCAGUUGCUGACAGGACAAUUGAACUACUGAAGUUAACUAACUCAGAAACUCAGUGCUGGCAAGAUUGGCUUUUGUUCGCAGAUAUCUUUUUCUUCCUAAUGAAAAGUGGCUGUAUUGAUUUUCUCGAUUUUGUGGACAAGCUUGCAUCUCGAGUAACAAAUGGUGAUCAACAGAUUCUAUGCAGUAACCAUGUCACAUGGUUGCUUGCACAGAUUAUCCGUAUUGAGAUUGUGACGAACACACUUAGUUCGGACCCAAGGAAGGUUGAAACGACACGCAAGAUAAUUUCAUUCCACAAAGAAGACAAAGGCCUCGAUCCUAAUAACAUCAGUCCUCAAAGUAUUCUUCUUGAUUUCAUAAGUAGCAGCCAGACUUUGCGCAUUUGGUCUUUCAACACUUCAAUUAGAGAGCAUUUAAAUAGCGAUCAACUUCAAAAAGGCAAACAGAUAGAUGAGUGGUGGAAACAGAUGACGAAAGCUUCGGGAGAGAGAAUGAUAGAUUUUAUGAACUUGGAUGAACGAGCAAUGGGCAUGUUUUGGGUUCUCUCGUUCACCAUGGCACAACCAGCAUGUGAUGCAGUCAUGACCUGGUUUACAUCAGCUGGAGGGGCAGAAUUCAUGCAGGGACCCAAUAUGCAACCAAAUGAAAGAGUGACGAUGAUGCAUGAAACUUACCCUUUGUCAAUGUCAUUGCUUUCUGGGUUGUCUAUCAACUUGUGUUUGAAGCUUGCUUUCCAGCUUGAAGAGACUAUAUUUCUUGGCCAGGCUGUUCCUAGCAUUGCUAUGGUGGAAACCUAUGUCAGGUUGCUGCUUAUAACACCGCAUUCAUUGUUCCGCCCACAUUUUACGACAUUAACCCAAAGAUGUCCAUCUAUUCUGAGCAAAGCUGGUGUGUCUUUGCUCCUACUUGAGAUACUGAAUUACAGAUUACUUCCUCUGUACAGGUAUCACGGAAAAAGCAAGGCAUUGAUGUAUGAUGUCACAAAGAUAAUAUCAAUGAUUAAGGGAAAACGUGGAGAGCAUCGCCUUUUUAGAUUAGCUGAAAAUUUGUGUAUGAACUUAAUUCUCUCACUGAGAGACUUCUUUUUGGUGAAAAAAGAGUUGAAGGGACCAACUGAGUUUACUGAAACGCUUAACCGCAUAACCAUAAUAAGCCUUGCAAUCACCAUCAAGACGCGUGGAAUCGCCGAGGUUGAACACAUGGUUUAUCUUCAACCACUAUUGGAGCAAAUUAUGGCAACCAGUCAGCAUACAUGGUCAGAAAAGACUCUACGUUAUUUUCCUCCCCUUAUUCGUGACUUUUUAAUGGUUAGGGCGGAUAAGAGGGGACAAGCUAUCCAAGCAUGGCAGCAGGCAGAAACUACUGUUAUUAAUCAAUGCAACCAGCUACUGUCACCAUCCGCGGAGCCGAAUUAUGUCAUGACUUAUCUGAGCCAUAGUUUCCCUCAGCAUCGUCGAUAUCUAUGCGCUGGUGCUUGGAUGCUAAUGAAUGGGCAUCCUGAGAUCAACAGCGCAAAUCUUGCUCGUGUCUUGAGAGAGUUUUCACCUGAAGAAGUUACGGCGAAUAUUUAUACAAUGGUUGAUGUUCUUCUGCAUCAUAUCCAGCUUGAGCUUCAACGGGGGCAUCUAGUGCAGGAUUUACUUUCCAAAGCAAUCACGAAUCUUGCAUUCUUUGUCUGGACACAUGAGUUAGUUCCACUGGACAUUGUGCUGCUAGCUCUUAUUGACAGGGAUGAUGAUCCUUAUGCUUUACGUCUUGUGAUAAGUCUGCUUGAAAGACCGGAACUUCAACACAGAAUUAAAGCAUUCUGCAGUUCCCGUUCUCCUGAGCAUUGGCUAAAAAAUCAACCUCCAAAAAGAGCUGAGCUUCAGAAAGCUCUUGGUAACCAUCUUUCAUGGAAGGACCGCUAUCCUACCUUUUUCGAUGACAUCGCUGCCCGCUUGCUUCCAGUCAUCCCACUGAUAAUUUAUAGGCUUAUUGAGAAUGAUGCUACAGAUAUCGCAGACAGGGUUCUCGCAUUCUAUUCUACCUUUCUCGCUUUCCACCCACUGAGAUUUACAUUUGUGCGGGAUAUUCUUGCAUACUUCUAUGGUCAUCUUCCAAGCAAGUUAAUUGUCCGGAUCCUCAACGUGCUGGGUGUUAGCACCAAGACUCCUUUCUCGGAAUCCUUUGCUCAAUAUUUAGGGUCUUCAAAUUCUUCUAUUUGCCCACCACCAGAAUAUUUUGCCAACCUUUUGCUAGGCCUUGUUAAUAAUGUCAUACCUCCUUUGAGUAGCAAGUCCAAAUCAAACCCAGCAGAUGCUUCUGGCGGACGCACAAAUUUCAGCAAGCCUCAUGCAUCUACGCAAGCUGGUGGAAAUAGUAACACCGAUGCUCAGAGGGCAUUUUAUCAAAAUCAGGAUCCUGGGUCAUACACACAGCUUGUUUUGGAAACAGCAGCUAUUGAGAUUCUCUCACUUUCUGUGCCAGCUUCUCAAAUAGUGUCCUCUCUAGUUCAAUUAAUAGCUCAUGUACAAGCAAUGCUUAUACAGUCUAAUACUGGUCAAGGAAUGUCUGCUGGUUUGGGCCAAAACUCUGGGCUGCCAACCUCUCCUUCAGGCGCGGGUGCCGAGUCUGCAGGUGCUAGCCGAGCAAACACUUCAGCAAGUGGAAUCAGUGCUAACUUUGUUUCUAGAAGUGGUUACUCUUGUCAGCAGUUGUCUGUUUUGAUGAUUCAAGCAUGUGGCUUCUUGCUGGCACAACUCCCACCAGAAUUUCACAUGCAACUUUACUCAGAAGCAGCUCGAAUCAUAAAAGAUUGUCGUUGGCUUUCUGAUAGUUCGAGGCCUGUGAAAGAGCUUAACUCAGCUGUUGGUUACGCACUUCUGGACCCAACAUGGGCUUCUCAAGACAGUACAUCGACAGCCAUAGGUAACAUUGUGGCCCUUCUACACUCAUUUUUUAGCAAUCUUCCUCAAGAGUGGCUGGAAUCUUCACAUACUGUCAUCAAACAUCUCCGGCCAGUGACUUCAGUCGCAAUGUUGAGAAUUGCCUUCCGCAUAUUGGGCCCCUUAUUGCCUCGUCUAGCCUUUGCUCGACCUCUAUUCAUGAAGACACUGGCUUUGCUGUUCAACGUGUUGGGGGAUGUGUUUGGGAAGAACUCUCAGGCCUCGCCUCAUGUGCCGGCAUCAGAAAUCGGAGACAUCAUCGACUUCCUGCAUCACGCUGUCAUGUACGAAGGUCAAGGCGGCCCUGUCCAGAGUACCAGCAAACCUAAAGUGGAGAUACUGACAUUGUGCGGGAAAGUGGUGGACAUGCUUAGGCCUGACGUGCAGCAUCUCCUCUCCCACCUGAAGACGGAUCCAACCUCGUCGAUCUACGCGGCGACCCAUCCAAAGCUAGUGCAGCAACACCCAUCAUAAGGUGGAUGACGUAGAAUAGUGUACACGCCUGAACUGCUGGGCCUCGGCUGAUCUCGCUGUACAGGCCUGAACGCCAAGCAGUCUUAACCGGUUAACUUGCUGCCAGACCGGAACCUGGAGUUUGUCACAACGGUCAGGGGCAGAUUUCUCUAUUGGAUCUGUGUUGUGUAACCCAUAUAUAUGUAGCAGUGGUGUAGAUUGCGAUGUUUAUGAUCUCCUGUAGAAGUUAACCUGUCUGUCAAAACAUAUGUACUGUCAGGCUCCGUGCAGCCCUUGUGAGUGGUGGUACCAGUGCCUCUUUUCCUUUGA